GUUAGUAGUGACCAUAGUUGACAGGGUCCUACCCUGUGGUCUUUAGGGAGUCAGUCAGUAGGUCAGUGUGUCCGGGUAGGUCUACGUGGUGAGGAGUGGGACCCCUGUCGUGCACCAACACCACGAUGGAUGACUAUCCGAUGUAUGGGCUACUUGUUGGGUUCUCCCUCUGGGGGACCCUCUGGCGUCUCCUCUUCCCUCUGGGCUUCUGGCCCACUGUUGCGUGUAGAGUAGGGCCCACUCAGGGUGGUACUUCCACCAACCCUUACACGAAGGAGGAGGAGGAGAAGAUGGCCGCCAUUCUGCAGGAGAAGAAGGAGAAGAAGGAGGCCAAGAAGAAGGCCUUGAAGGARGAGCAGGMGGCCAAAUUGAAGAAGAUAGAAGAAGAGAUGGCCAGAGAGAAGGAGAGGAUACGAAAGGAGGAAGAAGAGAAGUUGAAAGAAGUGGAAGAGGAGGAGGAAGAUGAAACACCAUUGCAGAGGAAGAGGGUGCARUACAGUGGUAGUAGGGAUGAAGAGAUGGAGAAGCGAAUCUCCGAGUGGGUGGCCAACUUGUCCCUGGGCGAAGAAGAAGAGGUGGCGAUGUAUAUCUCUAAAGAUGAUCAGGAAGCCGCUAUGAGAGCUUGGGAAGCAGAAAAGGAUGUUGUGAAGUGGCAGGCAUUAGAAGACGAAAAGAGGAUGGAGUGGAAGUUGGCAGUGAUGAGGGAGAAGAAGAGGAGAGUGGACGCGGCAGCGGAGGCGGCAGAAGAAUUAGAGGAAGUUCUGAUUGCGAUUCACGCGCUCAGAGAUGAAGCCGCCAGCUUUGCAAGGUCCCUAGUCCGCGCUGCCAAUUGCAGCGAUGACCCCGUUGCGUACUCCUCAUUCACUUCCCUCACUGAGUUCUUGAAGCUGUUGCGCGAGAGGUUCGCUGAUGUCGCCCGUAGCGUUAAAGCCUCAGACAGGCUGCAGACGAUCCACACUCAGGUUGCGGGCCGGUGUCUGGACAGCUGUCCAGAAACUGCUUGUGUUAGAGUUUCGCUAGACACCUCCCUCACAGGAGUGGCCGAAGAGUUGAAGGAGAGGAUGCCCGCCUGGGCCAAGAUGAAGAAGGAGAAUAAAGGGCAGCUUAUAUUGCUAGAUACAGAGAUUUUUAGAAGUAGAGUAGGGGCCCUAGUAGACUCAGGGGCCACUCGCAGCUAUAUUAGUAGGAAAGCGCUGCAGAAGUUGAGGCUGGGACUUAAAGUCCAGAAACUGAUAGUUCCCAUAGUUAGUAUCCUCGCGGACAAUCGCACUAUGGUUGUAGAGGAUUACGUAGAGGGAGUCCAGGCGUAUUUCCGCCUAGAGAAAGAUGGGAAAGUGGAAAAGAUUCUCCACUCCCCGACUCUCCUCGUAGAAGACAACCUCCCCUUUGAUAUUGUUCUGGGAACGGAUUGGGGAGAGGCAGCCGGGGCCACGCUCCAUUUGAAGGAGCACGAGUGUAGGCUCCCUAGUUCGUCAGGCGAGGCCAAGACUGCCCGCCUGUUCCAUGUGUCAGGGGUAGAGAAUUCCUUGGCGCACUGCUGCCUUAGUGCCCCCGCGUUCGCCAGACUGGUGAAGAAGGAGGGAUUGGAGGAACAGGUCUUUGUUGCCUAUGUUAGGCCAGUGACUGAGCCUACGGAGGAGAAGCCGAUGGACCCCGCGAUUGCCAAGCUACUGGAAGAGUUUAAGAAUUUGACUGAGCCGCCGACAGGCACGGUGCCGCGGCCCAUCCAACAUCGUAUUGAGAUAGAGCCUGGCAGUAGGACUCCUAAGGGUGGUGUGUAUAGGAUGUCCGCGCCGGAGUUAGAGGAGCUUCGCAAGCAGUUAGACGAGCUCCUCGAGAAGGGUUGGAUUAGGCCCAGUUCGUCUCCUUUCGGAGCACCUGUCCUCUUUGUUCCUAAGAAAGAGGGAGAGUUGAGAAUGUGCAUAGACUAUAGGGGUCUGAAUGCUAUUACAGUGAAAAAUGUUGAGCCACUGCCGAGGAUAGACGAUCUCUUAGACCGAGUGCAGGGGGCCAAGACCCUCGAAGAGCAUCAGGGUCAUCUCAGGCAGGUCUUGGAGAAGCUAAGGGAAGCUAACUUCAAGAUCAAUGCAAAGAAGUGCGAUUGGGCAAAGACCCAAGUUCUAUACCUAGGCCACGUCUUAGACGGAGACGGCGUUAAGCCAGAGGAUAUCAAGAUCGCAGCGAUUAGAGAUUGGCCCACACCACGUACGCUGACAGAGUUGCACUCGUUCCUGGGCCUAGCUAAUUACUAUAGGAAGAUCGUGAGGAACUUCUCCACCAUCGCUGCGCCCCUUCGCAAAUUGUUGAGAAAGGAGACCAUCUGGAAGUGGGAUAAGGACUGCACGUCUACCAUGAAGAAGUUAAAGCAAGCAUUGAUAGAGUAUCCAGUCCUUAAAGUCGCCGACCCGUCCUUGCCCUUUGUCGUCACGACUGAUGCGAGUCAAUACGGCAUAGGCGCAAUGUUGCAGCAAGACGAUGGCAAUGGGUAUAGACCCGUAGAGUUCAUGUCCGCCAGGAUGCCUUCAGAGAAGGUCGCGACAUCGACCUAUGAGAGGGAACUCUACGCUCUCAGGCAAGCCUUAGACCACUGGAAGCACUACUUGCUUGGGAGGCACUUCAAAGUCUAUUCUGACCAUGAAACGUUACGAUGGUUAAAGACACAGGCCAAGAUGACACCUAAGCUUACUAGGUGGGCCGCGGAAAUAGAUCAGUACGACUUCGAGCUCAAGCUUGUCAAAGGGAAGUACAACGUAGUCGCGGAUGCUCUAAGUAGGAGGGCAAAUUACUUUGGGGCAAUAGUACACUAUCUUGAUAUAGGGAAGGACCUGCAACAGAAGGUUAGAGAGGCCUAUGUACAGGACCCUAUCUAUAGUGAGCUCCUUAAAAAGGUCAAGGAGGCCCCAGAAACUCAGCCGAACUACCGCACUACUGAAGGGCUACUCUUUGAGAAGACUAAUGUAUUUGACCGCCUGUGCAUUCCCAAUAGCGAAGAGAUUCGUAGUCUGAUUCUGGGCGAAUGCCAUGACACAGAGGGUCAUUUUGGUUGGCAAAAGACCUUAGCCAAUCUGAUGCGCGCGUAUACCUGGCCAGGGAUGAAGAAUGAUUGCAUAGAGUAUGUUCGCAGUUGUAAGGUCUGCCAGCGUAACAAGAGUUCUACGCGCGCCCCGUUAGGUCUUCUCAGACCCUUACCCAUUCCGGACCAAYCGGGAGACUCAGUGUCCAUCGACUUCAUGGACACUCAGGUCAAGAGCAGGCAUGGCAAGAGCCAAGUCAUGGUCAUAGUUGACCGAUUUAGUAAGUACGCAGUCUUUGUUCCUUUGCCGUCAAAGGCACGUACUGAUUUAAUCAUUCAGAGGGUUUUUGACUGUUGGGUUAGUGAGAAUGGAAUCCCGCUGUCAAUAGUUAGCGAUAGAGAUAGUCGCUUUACCAGCCAGAACUGGCAAGAACUCAUGGGAGUGUAUGGAUCUAAGUUGUUGAUGUCAUCUGGCCGUCAUCCAGAGACUAACGGUCAGACAGAGCAAAUGAACAAGAUCCUACAACAAGUUCUGCGCAUGUACAUUAGGCCGGAUCAGAUUAACUGGGAUGAGAUGUUGGCCAAAGUAGCUAGUGCGUACAAUAACAGCGUGCAUUUGUCUACAUGCCGCACUCCCAACGAACUGCACAAGUCCUUUCGACCGCGCAGACCGUUUGAGGGACUCAACCGGGAUCAGAUUCACAGAUUGCCGCCCGGGACCAGGGAGUUUGCUGUACAGCACGAGAAAGCAUAGGAUGAUAGAGCAAGCGAACAAACAUCGUCGCCCUUC